UUUUUUAUUUAACUAUAUUAUUCGCACCACAUUUUGAUAUUAAUUAAGUAGAAAACAUAGAAUUUUGCACAAUUUGUUAUUUGAUCUUAGUUUUGCUGACAAGUUUAUCAGAAAUCUAAGAAUACUUUUCGCUACUUGUAAGCAAAUAUGGCAGAGAUUGCGAAAGAAGAGAAAACAUUUAUCUGAUAUAUACUACGUUUAUAUAACGUGCAUGGAGUCGAAACGUACCGUGAAACUCGAGCUAAAGUACUCAGUAUGUUAGGCAAUGAAGUGUAAGUGGAUACGUUUUGUGAUCUGUUAAAAUGUGAUGAUAUCAACUGUCUUUUACGAUGGAGAACAGUAAAGAGCUUGUGGAACGGUCUAACGGUAGCAAGCAUCUCUGACGAAAGUGCGGAGACGCGUUAGUGUGCGUGUCGCGAUAAAAAUCCUCGACAGUAACAAAGACAACAGUGACGAAAAUUUUGAAAUUCGCAAAUCACUGGAAUCAUGGAAAAAUCAAGGCGUUGCCGAUGCUGGAUGAAGAGUCGAAGAGAGGGCGGUGAGAGGAACGUCGGAACAACUUUGGAAACAUUUGUGGAAUGGCAGCAGUCAACCUUAUUGGCACCUUCAUUCAAGGAUGAAGACGAAAUGACGACGGGUGAAAGGACGAAUCGGCAGGGGGAAGAGUGCCUUUCUUAUCCGUUCACAAAAUGCCGCGGCCAAGCUACGAAGUCGAUAGCGUAUCGCUUUCCACGGACCCAAAGGUUACCGAAUCGUUCUGAGACUAUCUUAAUGGCAGGAUAGAUCGUUUGAUACUAUGGCCAAGUCGUAAAGGCUAUUGCUCUGCCCUCCAUCCCUUCUUCGAUACCCCUUUUCACUCCGCGCUCCCUUCUGCGUUCCGCAGCUGAGAAAGCUGGCUUAGCGCUACCCGAAUGCUUCUACCCUCGUGCCUCUAUACGCACCUCGUUCAUACCCCUCAGAAAUGUCGACAUAGAGUAUUGGUAUACUCAAUCUAAUCCUAUUCAGUAGGACAUAAUUAAUUAUCGUCGAUAUCCUGGAUUAUUCUCUAAAUCCGAUUAAGUAAUGCAUAUAUACUAGAGAUAUAUAUCUCAAGAAACUUAUUAUUUUUCGUUACUUCUGUGAUUACAUCUCUGUCUAUAUUUUUUUCCUGUCAUGAGUAAUAAGAUUUAUAAACGAAUAUCGUAAGCAUUAUUAUCGAUUUAAUUCAAUCAUUUCAAACAUAGUUUAUAUUGCAUCCUUACUUUAUAUUUUCACAAUAUUAUUUGUAAGAGUUGUAGUUUAAACAUGAUGAUGUGUAUGAAAACUUAAUAGAAUAUCGGAAACUCAAUAGAAUAUAAUAGAUUCGACAAGAA